UGUACUCUGUCAGUGGUGGUUGGGUUGUUGUAGGCCGAAUAAUUUAUGUUAAUAAUUAAACAAUAACACCGAGGCGAGAAGCAAAUCGAGGCGUCCCUCUAUUUCGUGGUUUGCUCACCACAGGGAUGAGCGCACAGAUGGAGCGCCGCGGGAUCCACGUGGACCAGUCCGAGUUGCUGUGUAAGAAGGGAUGCGGUUUCUACGGAAACGCGGCCUGGCAGGGGCUCUGCUCCAAGUGCUGGCGAGAGGAGAACCAGCACGCACGGCAGAAACAGAUCCAGGACGACUGGGCCCUGGCGGCACGGCUACAGAAGGAAGAGGAGGCUGCUUAUGCCAGUAGCCACCAGGGACCCCAGGGGCCUCAGGCCCCGCCGGCACACACUUCCAUAUCCUCCUUCUCAAAGUUCGAGGACAAGAAGAGCAACGAGAAGUCCCGCAAGGUCACCACGAUCAAGAAGAUCUUCAGUCCGUCGUCCAGAACCCCGCCAAAGAAAGACUCAGGGCCUCCAGACACUCCGUCCCCCAGCACCAGUAGGGUCAGCGCGGAGAUGGACCGGGCCACGCAAGAGUUCAUCGACUUCCUCAAGACCCUGCACAAGCCCGGCCGCGAGAUCUUCAAGCAGUGUCGCGCUUUCACCGAGACCAUGGCCUACAAGAGGGACAUGAGCGCAGAGGAUCAGUCCGAGUGUGUCCAGGACUUCUACCAGAACUUGUCUGAUAAACUGCAUGCCUACUACAAGGGAUCCACAGAGAAAGUAGAGUUGGUCAUGGACGAGGUGGAGAAGUACAUGAUGAUCCGGCUCUACGAAGACGUCUUCUGUCCUGAGACCACGGAUGAUGAGAAAAAAGACCUGGCCAUCCAGAAGAGAAUCAGGGCGCUGCACUGGGUGACUAUUAAGAUGCUGGGCGUCCCUGUGAACGAGGAGAUCCCCGCUGUGUCUGAUAACGUGGUGAAAGCCAUCACAGCCAUCAUCGAGGUGGACUCUAAGCGUGUCCCACGGGAGAAGCUGUCAUGCGUCACGAUGUGCAGCAAGCACAUCUUCAACGCCAUCAAGAUCACCAAGAACGAGGCGGCCUCGGCGGAUGACUUUUUGCCCACGCUCAUCUACAUCGUGCUGAAGGCCAACCCGCCGCGCCUGCACUCCAACAUCCAGUACAUCACCCGCUUCUGCAACCCCAGCCGAAUCAUGACCGGGGAGGAUGGAUACUACUUCACCAACCUGUGCUGUGCAGUGGCCUUCAUCGAGAAGCUGGACGGCCAGUCGCUGAACCUGAGCCAGGAGGAGUUCGAGCUGUACAUGUCCGGCCAGGCCUCGCCCCAGAAGCCCCUCAGCCCCACCAGCGCCAGCGGUCCAGUCGGCUCGGCCACGGCGGCGUCGGCGUCGCAGGCGCACCACCACACGAGCCUGGACCUGCUGACCGGGCUGGACUCGCGGCAGGAGCAGGUUCUGGACGGCGCGCGGCGUCUGGAGCGGGACCUGAUCGAUUGGUGCGACGGCGUGGAGCACAGCGUCCAGGACGUGCUGGAGAAGUUCCCGCUCGACGGCGGCACCACAGCGCCGUCGGGAGCAGCAGCGGCAGCAGCAGCGGUACCGGCCGACCCAACCGCCAUCGACUCGGACAACGUGGAGAACGACAAACUGCCACCGCCACUCACGCCACAGCUCUUCGCUAGAUAGCGUAGCCGCGGAUGCUAACGCUAGCUCCAGCUCUUGCUCCAACCCUCCACGCCAGUCCCCCUCAGGUCCAGAGACCUCUCCCCCACCGUAGGGCACCCCCUGGGGGGACACUCUUGAGUGUGGCUCAGCCUGUUAGCCACUCAUCUCCCACCCCCAACCCCAUGCGUCUCCUUCUGGGUGUGUUUGCCAGUGGGGUACAGAAGAUGGAGAUAGAAAAGACACGUACAUGCUUCUGCACACAAACACACACACACACACACACACACAACACAUGCUCUCCUUCUGUCACAUGCACAAAACACUAACUCUUAGACAUGCAUAUAAACACACUCCAAGGACUUUAAUAAUGAAGGUUCAUCCAGCUUUGGGACAAGGUUGUGCACUUCCCAGAAUGCAUUGGGGUAAGAUAACUCCCCACAAGGGAAGGGGCAGGCGUGUUAAUCACGCCUACUCAGGGGUAACACAGGUGUAGGCAAGAGCUCCUUUAGAGAGGGCUCAUAUGCUAUGCUAUAGCUAUGCUAGCCCAGCUGACCAGGCCUGCCCCAGGGUUUGCAGUUGGUGUGAUCAGUUAAGAGGAGCCCAGAGCCACACACAGACUGAUUCCAGUGACUCCCUGCAGGGGCUUGGGUAAAGCAGUGCUGGGGUGGUUGGGUUGUUGGGUAAGGCAGUGCUGGGGUGGUUGGGUAAGGCAGUGCUGGGGCGGUUGGGUUGUUUGGUAAGGCAGUGCUGGGGCGGUUUGGUAAAGCAGUGCUGGGUCGGUUGGGUAGUUGGGUAAGGCAGUGCUGGGGCGGUUUGGUAAAGCAGUGCUGGGGCGGUUGGGUAGUUGGGUAAGGCAGUGCUGGGGCGGUUGGGUAGUUGGGUAAGGCAGUGCUGGGGUGGUUGGGUAGUUGGGUAAGGCAGUGCUGGGGUGGUUGGGUAGUUGGGUAAGGCAGUGCUGGGGUGGUUGGGUAGUUGGGUAAGGCAGUGCUGGGGCGGUUGGGUAGUUGGGUAAGGCAGUGCUUCUCUACCUCCAUCCACAGCACACGGUUUCAUGUCUGUCUUCGCAGGAAGACAGUGCCAAAUCCCUCUGACAUAAAUCCAUAGUGUGUGUGUGUGUGUGUGAGCCAGUGGAUAUAGUAGUGCUGUUCCAGUUUGCAGCCUAGGAAUCCAAGUAGUGCUUCCGUUAAGUGGCCAAACCCAAUACCCCCUCCCCCUCAGUAAAGGCUAGAUGAAGGAAAAAAGUUUAAGUGACGUUAUUUAAUCAGAAAAAAAAAAAGCCAACCUGUUGACCCCAGAUGUGACCACCCUCAUAAGCAUGGCUGCAUUUUCUUUUAUAUGCCUGGGGUUUGACUUGAUGAAUUUGAUCCUGCCUGCGUUGGUCACUGCCUAAGCUUGAACUAGAUGAAGUAAACAGCAGUACAGUAAGAGGGAGAUGCCAUGGGCAUUAAGCAUCCACAGCCCUUAGAAUCGUCUGAUAGAGCUCUCUGUGGAAGCAUCCACAGCCCUUAGAAUCUCUCUGUGAAAAGCAGUGUGUGGCUGCUAGCUAGUUUUCAAAUAACCUAAGAAACAAAUGGCCUAAACAAAUCCUAGUAAUAAUCAUAGUAAACAACAACAGGAUUGGCCAGUGACCGCAGGGUCAGCUUGAGCAGGCCUGGUGACCCUCAGCACAGUUUGGACACGUCAGGAGCUGAAGCUGAGCGAUCUGUUCGUAAGGCCUGAGCCAUGAAAUGAACCGAAUGUUAAUUGCCCAUAGACUUGCUCUGGGAGUCGUUGGUAACACUUUACUCUACAUUUUGCACAAGGCUGACAUGACCCCUCUCCAACAUGUCAUGACGAAUACCUUUACUCACUGCCUUCACUGUCACUGUCAGGUGUGACCAUGUCAGGCGUCAUGUUACCAUGACCGAUCACAGAAUCUUUUACACAGUGGCACUUUAAAAGAAUGUGACCGGCUGUUUUGGAAUCUAAAAUUCAGAGAGAAGUCAUUGACCAAUAAUGAUGCAAAGUCACUGUUGGAGUUUUUCACUGACCUCUGACUAUCAUGAAGUCUAAUAACAGGACCGGUAUCUGUCAUGACCUGUUUAAGACUUGCUUAUGUCACUCGUGUGACUGCAGGUUUAUGUAAAGUGUCACUGAAAGGUCUUUGGUAUUAGUUAUGUAUGGUUCUAUAUUUUAGACUGUUGUUACUAUAUUUAUUUAUUUAUAGUAAUGACUUAAUGUAUCACAUAUUUAAGCACAUCUUGGCUACUCCUGCAUUUGUUUUGCGGAUUUUUCUUCUCAGCAAUUUUGUUUCAUAUGACAUUUUAAAGUGUGGUUUGAACAUUUCUAAUGGUCUCUCUUUUUAACCAGAAAACUCAUGACUUAAAGAUCUGUAUAAACUUACUAUUGAUAAUAACUUUGGCGUUUAUUUUAUUCAAUCCUUGUUUAAGUAAGCUGUGUGCUUGGGUAUGGGUCAAAUCAAGUGUCCCUAAACAUUGUAAUUCAUGGCAGACAAUGAUCAAUAUGGCAUUUACCAUUGAUUAAAUCAUGUGAUUUUGUCUUUGAAGUAUUUAAAUAGCAGCGGGCCAUCUGUUUAUAAGCACAGUAUGUCUAUAGUGGCCAUUAGUUGUAUUUAUGAAUUGCAUUGAGAUGAAUUAAAAACAAGUAAACAUC